CUGUAGACGUUUUCUUUUUUUUAAAAAAAAAAAACGAGCUAGUUGGGUCGGGUCGCAUUCGCGGCUGAUCUGGCCUGUAAAUUUAAAUAGACCGGCCUAGUCCAUUUAAAUAUUUUUCGAGAUAUUUUAGUACGAUAAGCCCAAUUUAUAAUGAGCCCAAUAACCGGCCUCGUCUCGCUCUUCCUCUGCCUCAGCGACCCGGCGAAACCCAAACCCUAAUCCCUCUCCUCGUCUCCUCCUCCCUCUCCUAUACCCCGCAUCCAUGGGGAAAUCGAGGAAGGCGAAGGCUCGCGCCCAAAAUUGGAAGAACGAGAAGAGCAACGAAGUGUUCCUCAAGCCCCAGAAGCAGCCGCAGAAGCAGAAGCAGAAGCAGAAGCAGAAGCUGCGGAAGCAGCAGAAGCAGAACCCCAUCCAGGACGAGGACCCCUUCCUGUUCGGAGGCGGCCCCAGUUCCUCCCCCUCCGACGACGGCGACGGCGCCGCCAACCCCGGCCGCAUCCACGCGCUCCUGGAACCCUACACCAAGGACCAGCUUAUCAGCUUCCUCGUCGACGCCGUCGCCGAGGACCCCGGCUUCCUAUACCGCGUCCGCGUCGCCGCGGAGACCGACGUCGCCCACCGCAAGGUCUUCGUCCACGGCCUCGGCUGGGACGCCACGCGCGACACCCUCUUAGAGGCCUUCGAGCCCUUCGGCCCCGUCGAGGACUGCAACGUCGUCAUCGACAAGGCCACAGGGCGCUCCAAGGGCUACGGCUUCGUCCUCUUCCGCACGCGCUCCGCCGCGGUCCGAGCCCUAAAGGAGCCCCAGAAGAAGAUAAAGAACCGCCUCACCUCGUGCCAGCUUGCGUCCCUCGGCGGCCCUCCCGGCGGCGGCGGCGCCGCCGCAUCAGGCGGCGCGCAUGGCGAUACGGCUGGCCGGAAGCUCUAUGUAAGUAAUGUCCCGGCGGACGCGCAGGCGGAUAAGCUCCGGGCGAUGUUUGCGCAGUUCGGUGAGCUCGAGUCUGGGCCGUUCGGGUUCGACAUGGCCACCGGGAAAUCGAGGGGCUUCGCGCUCUUCGUGUACAAGACCCAGGAGGGGGUGAAGAAGGCGCUGGCGGAGCCCCACAAGAUGUUCCAGGGUCGCCAGUUGCAUUGCCAAAUGGCAACCGAUUCAUCCCAGAAAGGAAAAGCCGCCUCCGCUUCCGCUGCCGCUGCCGCUCCCGCUUCUGCUGUUGCGCCAGCUGCUGCUCCCACGGUUCUCGGGCAUCCCUCGCAGACCGCACUUGCAGCAGCGGCGGCAGCACAGAAUCUCGCUCUGUAUAGCCAGAACCCGGCCUACGCAGCCUUACUAGGGCAGAACCCGUUCCUUGCAGCAGCUGUUUAUAAUCCAGCAGCAUUGGUGGGGCUUAAUCCCGCCGCAGUGGCGGCGGUGAACCCGGCUGCUGGAUUAGCUGCUGGUGCGCAGGGCCACGCAAUUGGUGGAGUAGGGGGCGCGGUGGCUGGCGGGGGAGCGCCUUCAGUGCUUGGGUCUUAUGGGUCGCAGGGAGCUGCAGCUUCCUUUCCCUAUCAAGGGUCUCGGCUAGGGCAGUCAUCAUCUGCCAGGCCUAGCAGGUCUUUUGGGCCUUCAUACAUUUGGUAAUCGAUUUUGAAUCUCAUCAUCUGAUUACUAUGGUUAUUUUGAUUUCCUUCGUGCUUUGGAUUGAUCCUUACUCUUUUUUAUCAAAUUUCUAUGAUUUUCCUUGGUUCUUUAUGUUUUUUAGUCAUUUUUUAUUCUUUUAUAAUCAUUAAUAAUUUCCUUGAUUACCGCCGUUUCAGUUAUGGAUUUGCAACUUAUCUUUUAUAUAUAUUUGUAUCAUGUGUCAAGAGGUUAAAGUUUUGGCAACCGUGUUUCUUUUUAGAAGUUGUGGGCCUUAUUUGGCUUCUGCUUCUUAAUCUCAAAUCUGUAUUCAUCUCGGCACAUCACAUGAAGUCAAUGAGCCAUUCUUUCAAAAUAACUAGGCUGGAGAUUUCCUAAUGUAGAUACUAGACUUGCUGCCACUCUGGAUAACUGCUGCAUUGGAUAUCUCCUAUGUAUAUUAUAACAGACAGAAGUGUGAUUAUAGUUGAUGCAGUGGCUCAACUUUGGGGUUAGCUCGUAUUUGAGUGAAUAGAUUAAAAGAUUAUGCAGACAAGUGCAUUUGAUUGUGCAGUUGAUUGGCAACAUUGGCAUACAAGUGGGAACUUUUUGUUAUCAAUUUCUCCUUAAUGCCUUACCAAUCAAUCUAGUAGCUCCUAGUUGUGAUCGUUAGUCUAUCACCAAGUAUUUCACGCUGUCUAUCAAACCUUCACAAUUGCUGAGACUAUAUGUGACAUUCCUAAGACUUGGCAGUCUUAUAUAUAGGAUAUAACAGGGUUAAACCUCUUAAGCUGGUUGUAACAUUUUGAGUGAUAGUUAGAUUUAAGAGGUUAAGAAGGUUGAGCGUGUUAGAGCUAUAGUAGAUCUAGAUCUAGGAUAGGUGCUCCCCUGGAAACCGGGGUGCCACAGUUGGUAUCAGAGCCAAUUACUAGCCGAAAUUGUGAAAUGAGUCUCAGCUGAGCCACGAUCAUAUAGCUGGCAGGACGCAACUUUCCAGCUGACGAUCGAUGUGCGUGGAGUGCGGCUCCCUACAAGGUCUACUAAGGCUAGCGAGAUGAGUCUCACAUCGCCUUCUGCUUGUGAGUAUGCUUGAGCCUGACGAGGACGUCAAGGCUUAAAGGGGGGAGGAAUGUGAUAUCCCCACAACUUGAAAUAGUUCUAUAUAGAGGAUAUAAUAGGUUAAACUUCUUAACCCGAUUAUAGUAUUUUGGAUGAUAGUUAGACCUAAGAGGUUAAGAAGGUUAAAUGUGCUAGAGCUAGAAUAGUUCUAGAAUGGAUAACCCCCCUGAGAAGCGGCACGUCAUACUGUAUGUGUAUUAGCCCUGCAGUAUUUCAAAAUGUAUGAGAAAAGAGUCGAGAAUUCUAUUUCACAAGCUUUGCGGCAAAUGAUAGUUUGUUGUUGUUCUUUUUGUUUUUUAUUCUUCUUUAUAGGUCUGUGUACAUAAGCUUUAUUUUUCACUUUGAAUGAUUUUUUCUUUUUCUUUUUUUUUGGUAAUGCAUAUUUUUUAUGCAUUAACUCUUUUUAUAUGUUUAGUAAUUUACAGCUUAUUUACUUUGGCAUUUUAAUCUGAUACUUAAGUAUUGUUUAAAUUUUGAGAAAAAUGUUUUAUUCUAUUGACUUGUGGUCCAGCCAGUUAAUUCCAUGGUUGGAUCAAUUAUUUGGGUGACAAUUCCUAGCUGGGUCAAGGCCAUGUUCAGGUCUGAUAACUAUGGGUGUAACCAAGUAGCUUGUAUGUACUUUGAGUGGCUUGAAGAGGUGGUUGGUAUGAUAAUGUUUCUUAUCAGCAAGUUUGCUGUUUUGAAA